GUUUACCUCGCCAGCUGUUUCAAUAUCACAUGUUGUCAGAGUACAGUGUCCACAGUUCGUUGUCCUUGCGAAGAAGCUUUUCGUCAUGGCGUAUUGCCGCAGUUGGAAUGUUUUUGUUGUUGUUCUCGCUGCCCUUUGGGUUUCACCCGGUCGAGGACUCGCGGCCAGCGUCAAACCCAACACGAAUGGUGGUUCCAGUGGCUCGGUCGUUUUCGUCAGCUCCGUAGAGGAGUGUGAACAUCUGAGCGGCGUAGUGGAGAAAGUGCACGUUGUUAGCGAAACCGACGAGCUACUAUUUGAAUGCAAAACGCCGUCACCGCCACGCAAGACGAGCACGGCAGCACAAGACGCUCCACCUACCACCCUAUCCACAGUGCAGCACGGUGUAGCGUUCACAGUGCCACGAUUGGCCGAGCGUACGUCGCCUCCCAUACCGCCGACAACGACACGCACGGCCACGACUUCCUUCGCGUCCGCUGCGCGAGCAUACCAAAGCACAGGGACUAACACCCCCGGCAAAGACAAGUCGCCAAACGCAGGGCAAGUGGGUUGGUCCUCCACCGCUACUAUUACUAGCAACAGCAGCAGCAUCACCGCCACCAAGGUUGCCGUCUCCAGUACGGUUCAAGCGACACUACCGCCCACAGUGGUCGUCAAAGGAAACCUGUCUGACUUCGGCUCUACGGGCGCGCCGAAGCAGAAGACGAUCUUGGUUGUGACGACGGGGAUCUCCAAGACGUGUGGCUGGCUGGUGUUGUUCAGGAUGUUGGUGAUCAACACGUGCAGGGCAUACCCAUGCUACACGACUGAGUCCAUGGUCACCCAUUUCACAGGAAACCUCUUGAAGUCCCUCAGCCUGGCACUGAGCAGUGAUGCGAAGGCUGCUGCCACAUCACAGUGCUACGGCAGGCAGAUCUACUGUGCUGCACUCUGGCACUUUCUCUCUUUCUGGUGCAAGCGCUCCAAGCUGCUGGGAGAAAAGGCGUUCACCAGUGGUCGCUCUGGACGCAGUGCUGUAGAAGAUGAUUCUGGCAUACAGGAUGAACUGAGCUAUGCUCUGCGUCAUGCGGAGUUCUGGCCUGGAGUAGGAGACAACACAACAUUCACGCGGGCCGUGAGAGAGGUGGUGGCCGAUUUGGAGGCUGAGGCCAACGGGCAGCCAGCGAAGACAACCGUGCCACUUCACAUCUUCCAGCAGCUGGUCGAAGAGCCUUACGCCGGCAGUAGCGCGGAGAGCGGUCGGUACCCCAGGUCGUCUCGGAAUCCACUGACGGCCGACGACCACCGCAGGCUGUGGAUAGUGACACAGGCGCUCUGCUGCAACUCUCCAUACUGCUCAGCUCUGCAGCUUCGAACUCGGUACUGCGCCGUGCAACGGAGAGCUCUGAAAGUCUUGCGUAGCUUGAGGAUAUAGCUGUUUCUACUGCAGGAGUGGAAGGAAAACGGAAUGAAACCAAAUCCUCAGUCAGCACGGCAAGUAAGAAGUCUAAACGUGUCCGUCAUUCUCUAUUCGCACAUCUAUAAUCACUGUAAUAUCACAGCGUCCGGCCCGUGACACAUCAAGAUUCCCGUGACACAUCAAGAUUCAUGCAGGAAGAUCCACACAGUGAUACGUCAAGAUCCAUGCAGUGAUACAUGUAUGUCAAAAUCCAAUUUCCAAGCGGUGAUACAUCAAGAUCUACGCAGUGAUACGUCAAGAUCCACGCAGUGAUGCAUGUACGUCAAGGUCCAAUUCCAAGCAGUGAUACGUCUAGAUCCAGGCAAUGAUACAUCGAGAUCCAAGUUCCACGCAGUGAUACGUCAAGAUCCACGCAGCGAUACAUGUUCGUGAAGAUCCAAUCUCCAAGGAGUGAUACAUCAAGAUCCAUGCUGUGAUACGUGUAGAUCCACGCAGUGAUUCAUGUAUGUCAAGAUCCACACAGUGAUACAUCAAUAUCCAAUUUCCAAUUACCAAGCAGUAAUAUGUCAAGAUCAACGGAGUGAUACAUAAAGAUCCGCGCAGUGAUGCAUAAAGAUCCACGCACCGGUGCGUCAAGAUCCACGCAGUGAUACGUGAAGCUCCACGGAGUGAUACGUGAAGUUCCAUGCAGUGAUACGUCAAGAUCCACGCAGUGAUAUGUGAAGCUCCACGGAGUGAUAUGUGAAGUUCCACUGAGUGAUACGUGAAGUUCCACGCAGUGAUACGACAAGAUAAAGAUCCAAGCUCUGAUACGUCAAGAUAAACACAGUGACAUGUCGGGAUCCACGCAGUGAUACGUCAACAUUCAAGCAGUGAUACGUCAACAUUCAAGCAGUGAUACGUCAAUAUCCCCGGAGUGAUGCAUCAAGAUUCCCGGAGUGAUGCAUCAAGAUCCAAGCAGUGAUACAUCAAGAUCUACGCAGUGAUACGUCUAGAUCCAAGUUGUGAUACAUGUACAUCAAGGUCCAAUUUCCAAGCAGUGAUACGUCAAGAUCCCCGCAGUGAUACAUCAAUAUCCGCGCAGUGAUACGACAAGAUGAAGAUCUAAGCUUGGAUAUGUCAAGAUAAGCAGUGAUGUGUCAAGAUCCAAGCAGUGAUGCAUCAACAUCUACGCAGUGAUACGUCAAGAUCCACCCAGUGAUACGUCAAAAUCCAUGCAGAUCCGUAAAUGUACGUCAAGAUUCAAUUUCCAUGCAGUGACGCAUCGAGAUCGACACAGUGAUACGUCAGGCUGCAAUGAUGGCGUCGUGAUCACUGAGACGCUGAGAUCCAACCAACAAUGAGAUUGCGUUAAAACAGUGACCUAGAAUUAUGACUGGUUUAUUCGCUAGCGGAGUUCUACCUUUAAAAUACACUAGGCAAUGACAAGAGGUCUGUUGCUGUGAGCAGAGCGUACCAGUCUAAGUUUUUCAUCGGAUAUGCAAAAUGCUAAUUAACACAUCUGACAACUGAUUGGGAUCUAUCAAAUAUUGCCAUUGUGAAAAUGAACUGACGGAUUUAUCUUAUCAGAUGUAAUUCACGCCAUUUA